AUGUUUUGUCUUGGAUGGCAUGCAAAAGUUGCGAGACCAAUUUGUACCAAUAAGAAUAAACAGGAAUGUACCGAAGAAUUUCCUGAUGGAAUUUACAUCGGCUGUGGUAACACACCGAAAGCAAAGUCCGGCUUAUGUGAACCAUGCCGUGAAUCCAUUUUAUUAAAAGAUAGUGAAACAUCUUUAUUAACUGAUGAUGACAAAGGGAUUUAUGAUGAUCCAUUGAUGGGAUGCAAUGUUUCUAGAGGAGAUCGUUUCGUGGGCCUAGAAAAGCGAUCAUCACAAGGUAUUAUUUACACAUUAUCUCCGUGUGGAAUAGUUGUCGGCUUUUAUGAAAUUUUUCGAUCAGAAUCUUGCUUUAUCGCUUUACGACAUUUAUUCAAAAGUAUACAUGUUAUCAAUAGUCAAUAUCAUCAAUACUUACCAAAAAUGAUUAUUUAUGAUAACGCUUGCAGCUUAAAUAUCUACUUUUGGAAUCGAUAUGGCAAAAGCGAUCGUAAUCGACAUAUUCCACAAACAUUAUCAUCAAAAUUUAUUUCUGAAUGUUCCUUCUUCAUCGAUCGAUUCCAUCAACCGAAUCACAAACGGCCUAUGUGCCAAAAAGAAAGAAACUUAGACUACAUUCACACAGAUGAAGCAGCUAAAAGUAUUAAUACUGAAGUUGCGGAACAAAGAAACAGUGUCUUGAAACAAUAUCACAAUGCUCUAUCAUCGUACUCAUCAAAGAAAGCUCGUAUUGCUUAUUUGGUAUUAUUCCAUCUGAUGAAUUGUGAACGUAAUACUUGUGACAAUCAAUUCGAAUAUAGUCGAAAAUACGUUAAAGAUACUAUAAAUACGACCAUUACAUAUUUUUCAAGACUCAAUAAUGAUAUAAAAAAAACACCAACAGCAAAUAGCGAAACAACAGUAGUCUUUCAACCUACUUCAUAUGAAAUCAAACAAUCCCACUGCUUAUAUCCACCGGAACAACAACAUAACCCAACCAACGAAAAACCAACAAAAAAAUUAAUUCAGCAAAACAAAAUCAAACAACAGUAA